AUGACAAUUCCAUGUAGAUUUUAUUCGUCAAAACGUAGAGAGCUUUUGUGACAGUUGCACCAAAUCGCUGUGCUAAUUGCUUUUCUGGAGUCUUUGAGAAGAUUUUCGUAGCCAGCUUCACAGAUUGUGCAGGAAGGCUAUCGAGUAUGGCGCACAAUUCUUCUGUUGUCGCCAAUUCUGUGCUGUCCGAUGGGAGACAAUCGCUCUGAAAAGUUCUAUAUAUACUCGGAGAACUUACUUGGCAAUAAUAUACCGCUCAGUUGCCCUAAAAACCUUUUGUACCACUGAGGGAGCUUUAUAA